UCAGAUCCACUUACCAUCCCCAUUAUCAUCAUAUAUUGACUCCAUUGCUUGCAUUUCAAGAUCUACACUGUGCCAUUUUCUCCCCCUCAGAGCACCAUUCUCAUCCUCAAUUUCCCAUCUCAAAUUCAGUUGGCUGGUGAUGACAAGGAGCUUCAGGCAAUCACUGGAGUGAAUUAAACAACCUAGGUACUAGAUUCGGCGCUGAACUUUUGCUCACGGUCCAUCCAUUACCUAUUGUGAAUAUCCUGGAGAGGGAAAUGAGCUUCUGAUUUUAACCUUUAGUGAAAGUAGAAGGGAUAUUUUCAUUUUCUGCUUCUGGUUGCGAAAGAUGUCAAGGGGAAAAGGUGAUGGGGAUCAAAAGAAGCGGCUGGUAACUUGGAUAGUGGUAUUGGGUAUCAUUUGUGGUUGUGUUUACUUGUAUUCUCGGAACAGUGGAACAUCUGCUCUGGAAUAUGGAAGUAAAUCUCUAAGGAAGUUGGGUUCUUCUUAUUUGGGCGGAGAUGAUGAUGGUGAUGAAGCUUCCAGCAAAUCCGGUGAAGAAGUGCAGGGUGAUGUUAUACUUAAAAGCAUUCCGGUUUGUGAUGAUCGCCACUCGGAGCUGAUUCCUUGUCUAGACAGAAAUCUCAUAUACCAGACAAGAUUGAAGCUGGAUUUGUCUUUGAUGGAGCACUAUGAAAGACAUUGCCCAGUACCAGAAAGACGCUUCAAUUGCUUGAUCCCUCCUCCACCAGGGUACAAGGUCCCAAUCAAGUGGCCCAAAAGCAGAGAUGAGGUCUGGAAAGUAAAUAUACCUCACACCCACCUGGCAAGUGAAAAAUCUGAUCAGAACUGGAUGGUUGUCAAAGGUAACAAAAUUUCAUUCCCUGGAGGAGGAACACACUUCCAUUACGGAGCUGAUAAGUAUAUAGCCUCAAUUGCAAAUAUGCUAAACUUUUCAAAUAACAUUUUAAACAAUGAAGGAAGGCUCCGGACAGUCCUCGAUGUUGGUUGUGGAGUUGCAAGUUUUGGGGGAUAUCUGCUCUCUUCUGAUAUUAUUUCAAUGUCAUUGGCACCAAACGAUGUUCAUCAAAACCAGAUCCAGUUUGCCUUGGAGAGAGGAAUUCCUGCAUAUCUUGGUGUUUUAGGGACUAAGAGACUUCCAUACCCAAGUAGAUCUUUUGAAUUUGCACAUUGUUCUCGCUGUAGGAUUGAUUGGCUUCAAAGGGACGGAAUCCUUCUGCUCGAGCUAGAUAGGUUGCUGAGACCAGGAGGCUAUUUUGCCUACUCAUCUCCUGAGGCCUAUGCACAAGAUGAGGAGGAUCUGAGGAUCUGGAGAGAAAUGAGUGCCCUUGUGGAAAGAAUGUGCUGGAAGAUAGCUGCGAAAAGGAAUCAAACUGUUAUCUGGGUCAAGCCUCUAACAAACGACUGUUACAAGGAAAGAGAACCUGGUACUCAACCUCCUCUCUGCAAAUCUGAUGAUGAUCCAGAUGCAGUGUGGGGUGUGCCAAUGAAAGCUUGCAUCACUCCUUACUCUGAUCAACAACAUAAAGCAAAAGGGACUGGAUUGGCUCCGUGGCCUGCUCGGUUGACUACUCCACCUCCUCGUCUUGCUGACUUUGGCUAUUCUGCUGAAAUGUUUGAAAAGGACACGGAAGUUUGGCAGCACAGGGUUGAGAAUUAUUGGAAUCUUUUGAGCCCAAAGAUUCAGCCUGAUACACUGAGAAAUUUGAUGGACAUGAAGGCAAACCUAGGGUCAUUUGCAGCUGCCCUGAAGAGCAAAGACGUAUGGGUUAUGAAUGUUGUGCCUGAAGAUGGACCCAACACUCUCAAGAUAAUAUAUGAUAGAGGCCUGAUGGGCUCUGUGCACAGCUGGUGUGAAUCCUACUCGACCUACCCACGAACUUAUGAUUUACUGCAUGCCUGGACUGUCUUCUCCGACAUCGCAAAGAAAGAUUGCAGUGCUGUGGAUCUGUUAAUUGAGAUGGACCGCAUCUUGAGACCCACAGGCUUCAUUAUUAUCCGUGACAAUCCAUCAGUAGUGGAAUUCGUAAAGAAACAUAUGUCAGCACUGCAUUGGGAGGCAGUGGCUACAGGUGAUGCUGAGGAAAACGAGCAAGGUGAGGAUGAGGUGGUGUUCAUCGUCCAAAAGAAGAUGUGGCUAACAAGCAAAAGUUUCAGUGUCACUGAAUAAAACAGCCGGAUUUCCAUGCUCUCGCCCUUUUACCUGAACAUUGCAGGGCUUAAGGUAGCCGUGGUUUAUAUGAUUUUGUAGCAUUUGAUGUUGAGUUUAUUUCUUCUUGAGCAAUCUUAUAUGAAAGCAGAAGUUUUAUCCAUUUUA